CCCGCGGAGUCCAUGGAGACCCUGGUGCUCAGGGUGAAAGAGGCGACAAAGGUGCCAGGGGGGACAAAGGUUGGAAAGGCCUGCGUGGAUCCAGGGGGCUUCUUGGGAGAAAGGGAGACCAAGGGCUGCGUGGAAGCGUGGGACCUCCAGGAAAGAUGGGUCUGAGAGGUUUACCUGGAGUUCCCCUCUUUACGCCCUGUGAACUAAUUGCCUCUAUCCGAGAGAGAUGCGACCCCGACUCCCUGGCCUGCCCGCUCUUCCCCACUGAGCUGGCCUUGGUGGUGGAGAGGUCCGCCAAUGUCACUCCCGCUGAGUUCGACCGCAUGAAAGACGCCCUGGCCUUCCUGCUCCGGGACCUGCGCAUCUCCCAGGGCAACUGCCCCACCAGGGCCCGUGUGGCCCUGCUGUCCUAUGCCUCCACCCCCACCUACCUGCUGCGCUUCACCGACAUGCAGACGAAGGGGCUGCUCCUGCGGCGGGUGGGGGACCUGUCCUAUGUGCACUCUACCCAGAGGGGCCGCCUGGCUGCCGCCAUGAGGUUUGUGGGCCGCAAUACCUUCAAAAGGGUGAGGCCAGCCUUGCUGGGCAGGAAGGUGGCGGUGUUCCUGACCAGCGGCCGGGGCCAGGCCCAGGAGGGCAUUGGCAAGGUCGCCCUGGAGUAUGUGGCCCUUGGCAUCGUCCCGGUGGUGGUAACCUUCAGCUCCCUGCCGGUAGUGGAGCAGGCAUUCCAGAUGGACGAGACGUUCAGAGUGGUCCAGCUGCCGGCUGCGGACUCAUCCCAGGAUGUGGAGGCUCUUCGGGAAGCUGUGUUCCUCUGCACACUCUGCUUUGAUAUAUGCAAGCCCGGGAACUGCACGAAGGAGCCCCUGCUGCAGAACCCGCUGGGGCUGGACCUGGAUUUGGCUCUGCUGGUGGAUAACUCCCCCCUCGCCCUGCCAGUCGGGAGCCUGGGGAGAGUUGCCCAUCUCUUCAGCAGCAUCCUGGACCAUUUGAAAAUCUCUCCCCACCCUGAGCGGCAUGACAGUGGUACCCGUGUCUCCCUGGUCCUGAUGGGGCCCUCGAGCGCUCACCUAGCUUCUGGAGAGGUCUUGUGGGAGUUUCCUUUCACCCAGCAUGGCUCUAGAGAGAGGAUCAAAGAGCAUCUGCAGCUCUCACUGGCUGCCAGGGAGGCAGCAAUGCCGGCCAGCCAAGCCAUGGAAUGGACCCUGCGCCAGGCAUUCCGGGAGAGCCCUUCACACAAGCUACGGGUGCUCUUUGCUGUAGUUACCAGGGAAACUGACCUGUGGGACCAGGAGACGCUACCAGAGCUGUCCCGCUUUGCCCAGUGCGGGGUGUUUGCCAUGUUCAUCCUAGCCCUGGGCCCGGAGGGGGCUGGCAGGCAGGAAGGGAUUGUGCCAGAGCCGCUGGCUUUCCCAGCGUGGAGAUACCACUUCCUGCGGCUUGGCUCAGUCCAGGAGCCGGAAAUGGAGUAUGCAGAGAGGAUGGUUCUGGGGUUCCUGAGGAACCUGCUGGUGGAAAGUCAACGGCGUCCCCUGGAACGCGCCAGUGCUUGGUGUCAGCUGGAGCUCUCCCCCACCAAUCCUACUGCUACGCCUCCACCUCCAGUGAGCCCAGAUGGGGUCUCCAAACCUGGUGCUCUGCCUCAAGAUGGGAUGGAGGCCACCACCAUCAGCCCCAGUGAGGUGAGAGGUGUUGUGGACGGUGACGAUCCGUGCUUCCUGGGCAAAAACUCUGGCGUCAAGUGCACCAGCUACUCCUUAUUGUGGUACUACCGGGUGGACACGGGUUCCUGCGACCGCUUCUGGUAUGGUGGCUGUGGCGGCAAUGCCAACCGGUUCAACAGUGAGCAGGACUGCAUCCGCGUGUGCAUUGACCGAAGUACGAGUGCAGCCGGGCUUGGGGAAGAGAAGAACUUGACUCAAGCUGUGUGCCUGGAGGACAGAGACACAGGCCCCUGCCACUCCUUCACCUUGAAGUGGUUCUUUAACAAGACCCAGCCUGCGCGCUGCACCCCCUUUUGGUACGGUGGCUGCGAAGGAAACAGGAACAGGUUUGAGACCCGGGAGCUGUGCGAAUCCACCUGCCUGCCCUUAGCAGGGCAGAUGCUGCUGCUGCUGCAGCAAUCUGCUGGGGAGUCCCUGCAAGCUGACGACGAGUCCAGGCCUGGCUGUGCAAGUGGGGCAGAUGUGUGAGGAGCAACCAGGAGAGAGGGAGAGAGAGGGGAAGCUCAUGGCAUCUUUUGUCAUGCAGUCAGGUUAAGCUGCUCCCCAUCCUCUGCUACUGAACAACCAGACACCCUUAUGCACAGGGCACAUGUUACAUGGAAGCUGUGGCUUUUAAUAUGCAAUGAACUAAAUCUCCCCCAACACACACACCCCCGCCCCAGGCUGCAGCCAGCAAGUUUGCAUAGUAUUCUGCUUGCUGUCGCUGGUGCUCCCUUCAUAUCUGCUCCUUGCUAGGGUGACCAGACAGCAAAUGUGAAAAAUCGGGAUAGGGGGUGGGGGGUAAUAGGAGCCUAUAUAAGAAAAAGUCCCCAAAAUCGGGACUGUCCCUAUAAAAUCGGAACAUCUGGUCACCCUACUCCUUGCCCAUGUGGCUAGCUGGGACACCACAUCCCAGUUUCCAAUACACGUAUGCCAAGAGAUCCCAGAGUGUCUCCCCCUUCACACCCAGGGUGGCCUCCAGCCACAAACCCGAUCUCGCUUUUCAUUAAUGUAAACAUCUUGUAAAGGUGGCUCAACUGGGAGGCCGGAACGACACACAGCACACAUUAAAGGGACAGAUACCAGGAUGAGUAAGGCUUCCUGGACUUUUGAUGUUACCCCGCAUUGUUCAUUUUGGGUGUUUGUCCCCAAAGGGUCAUCGCUGAUUUGCAGGGAACAGAGCAAAGCGAAACAGCCACAUGGUGUGGGAGGGAAAGUUUUAUUUGAUUCUAAUCCAUCCCUGUAUAAACCCUCAUGAUGUUUGCGGAUGAGAGAAUCGGCACCUGGAAAAAUGCACAAAUAUGUUGGCGGCAGAUUUUUGAAAUAGCCGUGCAUCCUACAGCUCCCAUUAAGCCACUUAAAUAAGUGGCUGGCUGGAGUUCAGCAAGAGCUGCUGGGAGCUGAGCCAUCGUGAGGACCUGGUCCUCUCUCUCCCUGGGCUGUCAUGUCCCAAAUCUUGGCCCACUUUUGUAUAUGCAGAUAAAUGAGGCAGUUGUAUAACUUGUUGCCUGACUGGCACGUUUGGGCAUGCCCAGCAGGCGGGUGCCCCUUUUUUGCAAGUGCGGUCUCUCGCAGCCCCAGAGCUGGAGAGCGGCGCUGAAACUCAGCCCCUCAUUCUUGUAAGAGAUUUUGCUGCUCUGUGCCUAGAAUCUGUUAAAAUGUAAAAUGAUAUUUUUUAAA